AUGGACGACGACGCGGAAUGCGUCCUCCCCGCCAUGCGCAACCUCCACCACGCUCUGGAAUCUGCCGGCCUGGCUGACCGUCUCACGGUGGACACCGGGGUCCUCGGGUCGACCUUCCCGCCCUCCAAUGACGCCUUCUCGGCCGACGCGACGACUUUCCUGAGCCCGAUAGCAGCGUUCUUGGCCAACACCAAUGGCACGUUCGCAUACACAAAUCCCUUCAACUCGCUGGUCGACGCCUUCUACGCGGCACUGAAGAGGGAGGGAGCUCCGCAGGUGCCCGUGGUGGUGGCAGAGACUGGGUGGCCAUCUGCAGGUGUAGCUGGGGCAAGCACAGAAAAGACACAGACGUAUAACCAGAAUCUGAUCAGGCGCAUCGGAAAAGGAACGCCGGCCAGGUCCGGUGAGAUCGAGGUGUACAUUUAUGGCAUGUUCAACGAGGACCAGAAGUCUCAUGAAUCGAAAACAAAAUUCGGCCUAUUCAGUCCUGAUAUGCAACCAGUUUAUCUGCUCGGUUUUAGUUGGAAACAUUCGACUUAG